GAAGUCGGUGGCGCAACUCCUUCAGCUCAACCUGCAGUCUUGAGUUUUUUCGGAAUACGUCGCACUAUACCAGCUUUGCAGGAGACAUCGCUAGGGGCCGUCCUUGGACAUCAACGCGAACCUCGAGUACCUGACGGCACAAGGACAUCGAUCAGGGCAAGUCCGCAGGACCGUGGUCAGCAUUACGCGAUACAAGCAGGAUCGACAGCGAUUGAGGUGGAAGCGGACAGUCCUCGGACACUGCUCUCGGAGAGAGACAGCGUGCUUGCUCAGUCGGCG